ACAGGAGUAUAUAUCUUCGUUUAGGCGUUGGUAUUGUUAAGGAAGAGAUUUAUAAGUUGCAGUUUGAGGCGUUUUGCAUACCCUUAUCCCGUGAUACCACCCCCAUUCACAUUUAUAUUGAUUAAUCUUCUUUUCACUUCUGAACCGGGGAUUGUUUGCGCAUCCUCUUCUUUAUAAUAUUCCGUGAUACCACCCCAAGUCACUCUUUCACAAUUCACAGUUCACCGCUGACAUAACCACAUCCCUCACCUGUUUGAAUAAUUUCCGCAACGAGAUUUUGCUUCUGCUGGUGAAUCAGUUGUUAUGGAUUUGUCUGUUGUGACUGUGCCUUCGGUAGCAAAGUUUAGAAAUCUGUCAAGUUUAGUCGGUCCAACUCGUUUAAAUCUCUUUCAAUGUUGCUCUCCUCUGCGCUUUGGACAUUCCUGUUUGAAGUCGGGACUAUUGAUUCAGGCAAGAGCAAAUACUCGCACAGAAAGUCCGAAGGUCCUAAACAGGAGACAUCAAAAGAAGUUUAAUGGCACGUCUACAAGGCCAAGACUGUCGGUGUUUUGUUCAACUAAGCAGUUGUAUGCUAUGUUAAUUGAUGAUAAAAACAAAAAAUGCUUAUUUUAUGCGAGCAGUCUUCAAAAGUCUAUUCGAGAUAAUCCUCCCUGCACCACAAUUGAAGCUGCACAAAGAGUUGGUGAAGAGCUCGUAAAAGCGUGCAUAGAUCUCAAGAUUAACGAGAUAUCUUCAUACGAUCGAAAUGGGUUGGCAAGAGGGGAAAGAAUGGAGGCAUUUGAAAUUGCUAUUUCCCAGUACGGGUUCUUGCCACGGUAAGUCCUGCUGUUAUUAACUAGUCGUGUUCUAGAUUCUGGGUUUUGUAUGAUUGUAUCUUGUCUUGUCAGAGUUACAUCAGGUAUGUACCAUUGUGGUGAAUUGAAAUGAAUUUGAGUCUUUCAACUGUUACUAAAGUGAAUGAUGAUUCAACUUCCAAAAUCAAAAAAGGGAUUUUAAUAAAGUGCCACACUUCCAAUAUGCAGUUUCUGAA